UACAGACCUAAUACACCAACAACGCUCACAGAACUAAGUAUGCAUCCACAUCUGAGACGGUUUAUUCUUUGUUCAUGUGUUGUAGGUGUGUGUAUUUUACUAUACAUUGGGAUCGCUGUUACAGGUCCUUAUUUGCAGGAGUACAGGGUACUAAGAAGCAAUCAAGAUGUGUACAGAUUUUCAACUGACCUCCAAAUCUCUUGUGCCGAGAGUCUGCUUCAGGAGAUAACGUUAGUCGGGGAAGGUCACGACACUGGCCUCCUCUAUUCAAGCGGCUGUAAGCUGUCAAAUAUUACACAGGAGCUGGCCUGGAAAUGUGUGCAGCCUGGAUUCCACAUUGUCUUUGUGGGGGAUUCCAGGGUGAGACAACUCUACUGCUACUUCCGGGAAAUGUGGUCACAUACAGCCACAACGUGCUUAAAAUUUAUACAUGACGAAAUAUCCCGGCUAAGUCGGGUGCAUCCCAUGACAGUGGAAUUCAAGUGGAGACCUCACAUAAACAGUAUAUGGACGUCUGACUUGAAAAGUUGGCUAUCCCUGUCUCCGGACGAAAGACCUGACGUCAUCAUUGCGGGAAUGGGCGUGUGGCGCAUGCGUGAGAGUAAUGCGUCAGUGGAAGGCGAAGAGUCCUACCGUGGCAAUCUAUCAGCUUUGGUGCCGUAUUUCAAAGAAUUAAGGAAACACAGUCAUGUAGUCUGGAUCCCUCAAGAUCCCGUGAACGAAAAGACUUUGGAUGAAAGAAGACGCAUGUUGUCCAACAGGCUUGUUGAUAGAUACAACACGAUAGCACGAGAUGUCUUUGAAACAGAGAAGAUUCCAAUAUGGUGGUCAUCUCUCCAAUCUGCUCGACAUUUCCAUUCGUUUUAUCGGGACUGUGUUCAUAUAUACCCCAUCGUUGACAAAUACAAAAGUCAAAUACUGGUGAACUGGCUUUGCCAAAACCAGAGAAACGCAUCGCAUAAUAAAAAUUGUUGCGAGAUGUAAACUGUCUGAAUCACUGUGGGCAGUCAGCUGUGUUACCAGUUACUCCUCUGAGUAGAUACAGGAUGCAAAUACUCGGGACGGGGUCGCCAAGUCUCUGUGUCUCUCCUCUGAACAGAUACAGGAUGUAAUGACCAGGAUGUAUUAACUAGUCUCUGUGGCUACUGGACGCAGCGAUUAGGAUGGAUUACCAAAUCUCCGUGUCUCACCUUUGAACAUAUACAGGACGCAGUGACAGGGUGGAUUACCAAAUUUCUGCGUCUGUCCUCUAAACACAGCGAUCAAGAUGAAUUACCAAGUCGUCGUGACUCUCCUCUGAAUAUAUACAGGACGCAGUGAUCAAAAUGGAUUGCUGAGUCCACGAGAAUCUCCAUUGAAUAUAUACAGGACGCCGUGAUCAGAAUAGAUUUGUGUUUGUGUUUUGCUAUUUUUUCAAAUAUAUAUACAAGUGAUGUACUGUUAGAGCAAAUUCUUUAUCAUUAUCAAACAU